AUGCGGGCGGGCGGGUUCCCGACGUGCUACUUCUUGGGCAAGGAGCUGAGUGCUUUCAUAUCUCUCCGCCCCAGGGGCCACUUCUUUCGCGGCGAUUCCGCGGCGACCUCAGGGGCGAACUGCGGCUCCGCAUUGGCUUUGGCGCAGCAGCAGUCCAAUAUCGCCGAGCAAAUCGAGUCGGAGAAGCAGUGCCCCAAGGAACUCGACGCCCGGUUGGUCGAGGCCGAGGCCAACAUAAGGAAGGUCGGCAUGAGGCCGCGUUUUUUGGCGGCCUUGACGGGCUGCGUCGGCGGCCCCCAUCUAGCCGCGGAGUGGGUGGGCCUCGCGGCGCUGUUGCCCGCUCGGAGCUCGACUUCAGCGCCGCUGGCACUAGGCGGCCCGCGCGGCCCCGCCUUCUGCGGGCUCCGCGGGGUCGAGGAGAGCAAGGCGGCCUGGCAUGUGAAGAGCGCGGUGGAGCACCUGGCCAUGUUCUCCGGGGCGGACUGCGAGGAGGCUCUGCAGCUCAUGGGCGCGAGCCUUGGGUUUCAAGUCCAGCGAGUCAGCCCGCGGCAGGGGCCAGAUGAGGGCAUCGCCCGCGUUUUCACCUUCGCGCAGAGCACGCAGUUCGAGGCCCCGGGGAAGGGCGAACGAAUCAUCGCGCCAGGAGCGGGCCGCAUCGCCAAGCCCGAGCCAGCGGCCAAACCCAUGGUCGACAGACUUGGCGACGACGAGGUGAAGGACCUGAGGGGCUUCCUCAAGCGGCGCGGCAGGUGGGCAGCGCUGGGGUGGGGUCAGCGUCGCUAUCGGCGCCUUCAGCUCUUCGGCGACGACUACCUGGCGCGGCUGCCGGGCGUCUUCGAGAGCUGGGAGGGGCAGCCUAGUCGCCGCGAGAGCUGGUUCUUCGGCACGUUCGACUGCAUAUGCAAGCCGGCAGGAUGGGCACACCAGGCCAUCAAAGCGAUCGCCAGCGAGAAGGGCCCCAGCUCGGGCGCAGUCUUGGGCGACCUCAGGAAGUAUUGCGAGAACAGCAGCCACGCGGAACUCAUGGUUUGCAGCGACGCCCCCAAGGUCAACGGGGUGGCGCUGGCAGGGCGUUCAUACGCAACUGGGCUGACCAAGCUCCUCCUUCGCAGCUCCUUCAAGAAGGUGGCGGCCAAGUACUUCAGCGUCAGCUUCGGCAUCGUCGUGGACGACUUCGCGCUUCAGUGCGCCGGCCAGCAGGAGGCGAUGGCCAGCGAGCUGCCAGGCAGGCCCCGUGAUUUCCUCCAGCGCAUGAAGAACAAGCGCGCGCCCGUCCACGCGGGCAACUUCUGCUACCCCACAUGCGACAGCGACGGCAGGGUCCUCGUCGGCAGGAGCCUAGGGCGCGAUAUCGACGAUGGCAGGUGGAGGGCAGCCAGCAUUGUGGCGGCAAGGGCACGCGAGGGCAAGGCCGAGCCACGCUGCUGGGACUGCGCGCUCUGCGAUGCCGCCACAGGGGCCGACGGGCAUCGGCGCUGCCGGCGCGACGCACAUGCUGUGUUCAGAAGGGCCGAGGGCAUGGCGGAGAUUCUGCAGCAUUCAGACGCAGCUCAUGCAGCAGGCGCUAGGCGUGGCGAGCUGUUCACGAGAUGCCUUUUCGGCGCGGUCAGCUACAUCCCGCCCUGGCAGGGCCCGAUCGGCGAGCAGGUCUUCUCGUGCAGCGCGCCGUACAACGCGCCCGAUCGGCGAGCAGGUCUUCUCAGGCCUCCACGGACGGCGGGCUCUGUCUCCGCGGACGGCAGUUCCGUCGGCAUCCGCUGGCCAGACCUCCUACGGGCAGGCUGGUCGCAUCUGCUGUGCGACCGCUUCGGCCAGGCGGUGGCUUCGGCCCGCGGCUGGGCCCCGCUGCCAAUGGCGCCGAGACUGGAGGCGCGCGACGGGGAGGACUGCGCGCGCCACGUGGCGCCGUUAAUCUGCGGGGACCAGGUCGACUUCCCGACAAACUGCCAGAGGGCGGUGGACGGCGCCACUCGCGUGAAGGAUGGCGUCUACCCCUGGAGCCUCAAGAGCCACGCGCUGGCGCAGCGGCACGUCACCGCGGGCGCAGGGAAGCUGGCCCCCAAGCCCAACGCCGCCCUCGUCUGCCAGAAGUGCUGCAGCUACGGCCACAGCAGACUGGCAUGGCCCAGCCUACUCGGGAGGCACGGCGACAGCGGCAGCGCGGCCAUCAAGCCCAGGAAGGACGCGUUCACCAUGGGCGGAGGCGGCGGCGGCAGCAGGUGCCAGCCCGCCGGCUACGGCGCCAACGAGGCAGUCCAUCUCAUCGAUGGUCGCGCUCAGCAGGUAAGGGACGUCGUCGACGGCUUGGAUGAUCCCAGAGGUGGACGAAGGGGCGUGGCCAGCCUGCCCGAGCCAAGGGCGACCCUGGCAGCGCAGUCGACGGUGGGGGCUCCGGCCGUGGAGAG